AUGGACCCCACCAACGACCUCGCCGCCGGGACUCCUGCCGCCAAGACUGGGUUGUCGAUCCAGCCGGCGACCGACGCGAACACAAGCACACUUGGGGCCAAGUUCGCCCAGAAAGCGGGGACACCUUCCAACCAAGACGACAACGAGGCGUCGGACGAAGCGAGGAAGAGCGCGCUGGAGAAGCAGUUCAUCGCGUCCCAGGCUAUCACUGGUCUGGGCCGCCCGCUUGCCAGUCGAAGGCAGACAGAUGCUGCGGCUGUGAAGCAGGCGCAGGAGAUGCCCGUGGAUAGCGGUUUUGCAGCACAAAUAUUGAUCUAA